CAAGUUUUUGUGUUCAAUUUCAAUAAUUGCGAUGCAAUAUUCAAUAACAAUUUCGCAAAAACCAUGGCGAGUAGCUAUCUAACUGAAAGUGAGGCCCCGCGGGACUUCAGGGUGUCUUCCACAGAGAGCGAUGGGCACUAUACAAAGUGCGUUUUGUGUUAUACGGUUAAGAGGAACUUCUAUUGUGCUGAAUGCGUCAGAAAUGGUAACUUCGUCCACUCCUCGAUGCCUUACUCGGACAGAUUUUCAGAAAAACAGAUGAAACUAAUGAGAAUAAAACUCAACCGACAGCAUGUAUUGGAAAGAUGUGAAAAGUUAUUGGCACCAAAAUUAAAGAAAGACAUUCUUCUAACUGAAACCAAACAGUCCAGAGACAAACUUGACUUAUUAAGACUAGCCAUAGAGCAGAGAAGAAGUAUGAUUAAUCUGAAAAAAAUGGAGCUUGCAGAUUUGGUAGCAUAUAAUAGUGAACUGCGCAUAAAACUGCCGAGGUAUCAAAAACGGGUAUCAAGUUUAGGCAGACAUGUUCAGUUGCAAAGAGUAGAGCUACAAAACAAAGUUACAAUGUACAACGAUCAAACACAGUCUCUAGCAGCUUUAAGAAGAUCUAGGAUACGACAGCUUGACAGAUAUAUCUUUCCAAUUUACAUAAGCUAUGAUUCCAGCGACAGCAUAGAGGAUAUGGAGUUCGUGGGCGACGACGCCGAGGAGGAGCCGCCCAAGCGGCCGCAGCUGCACAUAGUGUCGCCGUGGAUCGACAUCGACGCGGACUACUCGCACAUACAGGCCUGGGAGACUCAAAACAAGGAAACCCCCGUGAGCGCGGAGCCCACGUCCAACGCGGCGCACCGCACGAGCGCCGCGUUGGGCCUGGCGGCGCAGCUGGUCGCGCUGCUGGCAUGGACGUUGGACGUGCGCCUGCCGCACGCCGUCGCCUUGAGCGACUACAGCGACCCGCGCAGCUGGCGCGCGUGCGUGGGGCGCCUGCGCGCGGGCGCGGCGGCGCUGUGCGCGCGCGCCGGGGUGCCGCCCGCGCCCGCGCCCGCCGCGCCGCUGGCGCCGCUGGCCGGCCUGCACGCGCUGGCGCUGGCCGCGCGCGCCGACGACCCCGAGCUGGGCAGCCAAGGCCCGAGUGACGAGCCUCGCGAAACACCUAACGGUACACUACGCCGAGAUGAACUCAUCAUAUUAUUCUUUGCCGAAACGAACUCGUCUCUCGUGCGAGGGAGAGACGACGCAAUGGCCGCGGCUGCGCAGGGUGCAGGCGGGGGGCGCGGCGUGGCAGGACGCGUGCGGCGCGGACGAGCUGGACGACCCCGAGCCGCCCGAGCACCUGCACUGGCCGGACUCCGCGCAGAUGGAGGAGAUCAGCAGCAGCCCGCCGCCCGCGCCGUCGCUGGUGACGUCAGCGGCCGCCUCGCUCGCCUCCAUGUGGCGCGGCUGGACCAAGUAGCGCGCUCAGAACGCACCCGCGACUAAGGCACUACGCCGGGAUGUCCAGCAGUCUAUUGCACUGCUCGUUUGUAAGGAACUCCGCUAUAGAAAUCUUAAUAACAUGAUACUGAAAACAACUGCUGUGCAGGCUUUGCGGACGUGACUCGCGUCCUCAGACGCGACGCGACUCACAACACUUGCCAUUUUACAGGAGAAAAACAUUUGUAACAGUUUGUGACUUUAUUGCAAUUUUGAAACUAAAUUGCCUCUCACGCUCUAAAACAACCAGUGUACGCCGUUGUGAAAAAAGCAAUUUUAGUGGUACGGCCGCUGGGAUCCACUGUUCGGCGAGUGGUUUUUAUACUUAAAGUGCUAAGGGGCAUUUCUAUUGUCUUGUUAUUAAGAUUUCUAUGACUUUCAUACUUCAAGGUUUUGUGACGCAACUGUCCAAGCGUCUCCAUACCACUCCCUAAAGAGACUGUCUGACAGCACUGCGCUUUAAAUGCAUUACCCUUAAGUCCAUCGGUCCUCCAAGCUACUGGCCCCGUAAAUCAGGAUCAUAGCUUCGCAGCUUGUCAAACUAAGUCGGUAACUUUUGUUCUUUCCUGCGACAGUUUUAUACUCUUUACUAAAGUGUUUUCACUUACACUUGUGAGAAAAAUAGAUCGAAACUGCAAUCUUUCCUUGUAGAUGGCAUUACAGUCGCUAUAAGACUGAUAAAAAAGCAAUAUAUCAAAUUCGGCAGCGAUGGAAUGAGAACCGUAGCUUAGUUGGUAAAGCGCUCAGUCCGCGAUUGUUAAUCGCUGGUUCUAUCCUAUCGGUUCGAAAAUUUUAUAUGCAUUUUAAUUUAAACAAUUGUAUACUCAUUACAAUUUUUUUGUAUGGAGAUGACAAUUAAGCGAGGCCAAUGACAAGCAAGUGUUGAAAAGUUACUGAAUAGGGUGGCUAGUAGUUUGGAAAAUGUGUUCAAUGUGUUAUAGUUAGUAAAAAUUCAAAUAACACUGGGAACUAAAAUUUCUUGCGAAAAAAAAACUUACAGCUUAAACUUUAAUCCUUUUUUAAGGUUUAAAAAGAUAGUGCCCAAUUUACUAGUAAACAGAUUUGACCUUCUAUCAAAUCUGUUUACUAGUAAAUUGGGCACCAAUAUUAAGUUUAUUAAUAAAUAUUUUUGCAAGUAAUUUUAGUGCCCCUUUGAUUCUGCCCAUCCUUCAGCUAUAGUGUCUAUAUCCAGUCAUAAAGUGUUUUGAGGUUUAUGAAAAACAGGGAAAAUAACCUGCCCGCCGCAUUAGACGUUUGGCAUAAAAACAUUAUUUAAUAGAACACUUUUAUAUGGUAACUCAACUCAACUCAAAUUUGGAUUGGAUAUCGACUAACGAUCGAAAUUAACAAUGAAUCUUAACCGAAAUCUUCAGGGCAGAUUGAAUUUAGUAGUGCCAUCCUUUUCCUAAUCUUCGCUGUAUAUAAGGACAGCACAACUA